GCAACACAGAGGAUGUAUAUAACAAGUAACACCAGGAAGAAGAUAGACAUUCAGACCACUGCCGAGAACGAUACAGCUACACCUCAACAAUUAGAAAGACAGAAAUCUUCAGCUUAAAGUUGACAGAAUGCUGAUGAACCACACCAACCAAACGGAGGAAGACCUCUUCUCCUGCUACAGUCCUUCUGUCGUAGGUUACCGGUACUUUGCUGUGCUGUGGGGAUGUGCUGUGACCAUCACAGGUACGGUGGGGAACCUGAUGACCAUUCUGGCCUUCGCCUUAGACGCACGUCUGAGGACUCGCUUCAAUGUGUUAAUCAUCAACCUGGCUGUGGCUGAUCUCCUGUACUGCACCAUACUGCAGCCCAUCUCAGUUGACUCCUAUCUACACCUCAGAUGGCGCAGUGGUCAGCUCUGGUGCAGCAUCUUUGGCCUGCUCCUCUUCCUCUCCAACUCUGUCUCCAUUAUAACCCUCUGCCUGGUGGCAGUGAGCAGAUAUCUCUUGGUGGCAAAACGGGCUGUGUUUGAUCGUGUCUUCUCUGACCGUGGUCUAAUUUUACUCCUGAUCUCAGCGUGGGUGCUAGGCCUGGCCAGCUUUGGCCCACUCUGGCCUGUUUACGUGUUUGUGCCACAGGUGUGCACAUGCAGCUUCCAUCGUACCAGAGGUCGCCCCUACACCACCAUCCUGCUCUUUUUUUACUUUUUUGUUGGUCUGGGCUGUGUUGGCGCAUUCUACAUGCUCAUUUACAGACGAGUCCAGAUCGCCUCACAGGCUCUGCUUCGCUACAGGCUCAGUCGCCGGUCAUCCAGGAAGAAACCAGCUUCUUCAGUACAAGGGACAGAUGACAGUGGUGUAGAGAGUGGCAUGGCCAACACAUGUAGCUGUGAGAUGAGCAGCCAGGCAGAUCUAACCCAAAAUACGGAGGAGUCCUCCCAAUUCAAGCAGAGCUCUGCCAAAGCCUUAAAUUCAUCAGCAGCCAACAAGCCUCACCCUGAUAUCAUCCCCGCAACCACCACUGCAGCAUCUUCAUCCAACUCGGCAACUUCAGGAGAUGAUGGUGAAUUUAAGCGUGUGACUCGCAUGUGCUUCACCGUUUUUCUGUGUUUCGUGUUCUGCUUUGUCCCCUUCUUGUUGCUCAACAUAGCUGACAAACAUAACCGCGCCCCACAGGUACUGCACAUGUUCUGUGCCAACCUCACCUGGCUCAACAGCUGUAUCAACCCUGUGCUGUAUGCUGUCAUGAACCGACAGUUUCGACAGGCCUACCAUGUGCUGCUCACCAGGGCUGCUGCACCCUUCACCUGCCUCUGGCAGGCUCUGAGAUCCUGAUUUCUUUUUUCAAACUAUGUCUGGAUAUACCCAGUAUGAUAUUAUUCUAAUGAAAUACAACACAACUUAAAUUUAGCCACUAUGAACUUUUAAGUUGUUUUUCUGUGUGAUUUAUUGGCCCAUAAUUGCAAAUGUCUGUGACUGACUGAUCGAAUGAUCAUAGUUCCACCACUGGUCAGCCAAAUGCCACACAACUGAGUUGGAGUUUCUCUAUUGGCCGUUGCUCUUUAAUAAUGAAUUGGCACGGAGAGGUGGAGCAGGAGCCUGUUUUUCAGAUGGAGGCUAUGCACUUUGUGAGAGACAAACUAAGAAAAAUAUUCAGUGUUGCUUCCAACUUUCUCUCUGAGUGAUCAUUUUACAAGUAAAUAAAGCUGAAAUCACA